AGACCCAUGGUAACUGGAAACCCAGGACAUCACGUACUUGACACAGCCUUGACUGAGCCAAUCUUGUGCGGAGACGAGCAAGGUUACCUACCUAAAUAAUCUUAUCUGCAAGCUCCGGGCGGGAAGCUCGUCGCUAAUAUGCCCUAGUAUCUAGGUACAGCAUCUAGGUACAGCAAGAAGACCUGUUGGGUCAGCCUCGCCGUUGGUCGCGACUGCUGCGCAAUUUUAAGAUGUCGACAUAGUACUUAUACGGGGAGGACCCCUCACUUCUUUUCCAGUCCCUCAUCCCAUCAUGUUGUUCAAUUCUCUGGUGGUAGCUCUCGCCAGCGGCCUCGUCCUUGAGACGUUGGCCAGUCCCCUCUCCCUCGUUGGAGCCAAGGCAAAGCGUGAAGUUCCUUUUACGCAUAGCCUUCAUGAGCGUCAUUUGUCCCACUUGUCAAAUCAGUGGACAAAGAAGUCCAAGGUGCCUGAUACUCAGAUCUUGCCUAUGCGUAUAGGUCUGAAGCAGUCCAACCUUGAGGCUGGUCAUGAUAAACUCAUGGACAUUUCCACUCCAGGGUCUGAGAAUUACGGCAAGCACAUGAGCCCAGAAGAGAUUGUUGACUUCUUCGCCCCGGAAGAGUCCACAAUCGAUGCUGUCACGGCAUGGCUUGCCGAAUCCGGAAUUGGCUCCGACCGUUUUGCAUUGUCUGUCAACAAACAGUGGAUUCAAUUCGACGCAACAACUGGUGAAGCAGAAGAUUUACUCAUUGCUGAGUUCUUCGUCUGGGAGCACGUCUCCGGCACCAAUGACAUCUCGACUGAGGAGUAUCAUAUCCCAACCCACAUCCGGGAGCACAUCGACUAUGUCACUCCCGGUACUAGACUGCGACAAAGGGCCGCGAAGCGACACGUCAACAAGGCAAUCAGAGCUGAUGGGCUCGAAAAGCGUGUACCCGAUACCGUGAAACCAUUGAUUACACAGCUCCCAGGUUUCCCCCACCCGAACUCGAGCGUUUGUGACAUCUACGUUACAGCCGAAUGUACAAGAGUGCAGUACAGUAUUCCGAACGCUACCACAGCAGAAUCAGGAAACCAACUUGGAAUCUUUGAGAGUUUGGAUGUGCACUAUUCUAGAAAGGAUCUUGACAUUUAUUUCAGCACUCUUUACCCGAACAUUCCCAACGGCACUUACCCUGAGGAAGAUCUGAUCGAUGGUGCCAUUGGAGCCAUUGAAGAUACAACCGAGUUUGUGCCGAUCGAUCUUGAAGCUCCCUUGGACUUCGACUCUUCGCAGCCUCUCAUUUACCCCCAGAAGCUCGUUCUUUUCCAAGAAGACGAUGAGUACUAUGAGUCCACUGGUGAUUUCAAUGGCUUCUGGAACACUUUCCUCGAUGCUAUUGACGGCAGCUACUGCACCUACAGCGCAUUUGGCGAGACCGGUGACUGCACCAUCGAGGCUUGCCUUGAUCCCGCCUAUCCUGACCCCAACCCCGGCGGAUACAAGGGUCAAUUGCAAUGCGGUGUCUACAAGCCGACGAACGUCAUCUCCAUCUCAUAUGGUGGCGACGAAGCUGGGUUUCCCGACUUCUACAUGAAGCGUCAAUGCAACGAAUGGAUGAAGCUUGCACUUCAAGGAACCACCAUUGUUAUGUCAUCUGGCGAUUCGGGUGUCGGUGGCCCUGCAGGAACUUGCAACGGCGCAGAAGGUAACAUCUUGGAAGUUGACUUCGCCAGCACAUGCCCGUAUGUGCUGUCUGUCGGCAGCACAGAAUGGGACCGCUUCAGCAACACAACCCUUCCAGUUCCAGGCGAGAAGCUAUUGGAAGUCGCCACCAAGCGAUUCCCAUCCGGUGGUGGAUUUUCCAACGUCUUUGGUGUCCAGGACUACCAGAGAGAUGCCGUUUCUGCUUACUUUGACCAAGUCGAGUCUAGCUUGGGUUUCAGCGGUUAUCAUCAUUAUAUCAACAACAGCGACUUCAGCAGUGUUACUGGUGGUAUUUACCAUCACGGUGGACGUGGAUACCCAGAUGUUGGAGCUGUUGGAGAUCGUCAAGUCGUUUACUCGAACGGUUCUUGGUGGUUGGUCGGCGGUACAUCGUUGUCUUCACCUGUGUUCGCCUCGGUCUUGACUUUGAUCAAUGAAGCGCGUCUUGCUGCUGGCAAGAGCACUGUUGGUUUCAUUCAUCCUGUUAUCUAUCAACACCCCGAAGCUUUCAACGACAUCACCAGCGGCAGCAAUCCUGGAUGUGGCACACCUGGUUUCCCCGCAGCCAAGGGAUGGGAUCCCGUUACUGGACUUGGUUCACCAAAUUUCCCUGUAUUGAUGGAGGUUCUGAUGGGUAUAUGACCUUACAAGCUAGUAUAGACCAUCAUAGUGGGCCUCUCUUCUAUGGGGAUUAUCAUCCUUCAAAGAUAGACAGACAUAAGAUAAUACAUAAUGGCAUAUCUUAGUAUUCCGAAGUUUACUCAUUAUCUCUAUUGCGUUGCUCGAAGAAGUGAAGCACUAAGCGAAGCCCCUGAACCUAGCAAAGCCGUCUGAAGGUUGAUUUCGACAAUUCAAAUUCUUCUCCCGCCAGUCUAGAUCUCCCAAUUCCUCGAGCAUACCCAAAUACCAACUCUGAUCCAAAAAGUCCUCAUCCACAACAGAAAACCCAUCACACGAUCAAAGAAGCAGCAAGCAUAACAAGCCCCCCAAACC